CUCUCCAUUCCUAACUGUCUUUCUCUCAUUUCCCAUCACUGCAUCAUCACUCUGUUACUGUCAUCUCUAGUCUGGUUUUUGCUGUCCUCUCCACUACUCCUGCUGCCCGGUUGAGCACUCGCCUGCUCAUCAAUUAUCCUCAUCUGCCCUCCCUCUCUCUUCAUUUAAUCAGUCUGUUUUCUCUCUCAUGUUUUUAUCUAUCGCUCUGCCCUUCUCCAUCUUUCUUUCUCUCCACCGAUUCAUCAUGUUUUAGAAACCCCAGAGAUUAUUGUGGGAUUAUGCCAUGGAUGGGCUUUAAUGGUUACGUAAAACACAGGCACAAAAUCCAGAAUAACUUGCUGGGAUUAGGUAUGUUUUGCAGGGAAAGGGAGGAGGUAGUGGACAGACUGUGGUGAAAUGAUCACAGCCAGCCAAUCCGGGCAUUACAAUCUUGACAGUAGGGAGUUGAAGAGGAUGAAUAAACUUUAGCCGCUGGCUGGCAAAGUGUUGGCUCAUUCCCCCUUCCAAAUGCAUUGUUGGAUGUUAGCUUUUUCAGCUGAAGAAGCAACCAUAUAAGCAUCACCAUAUGCUGGAAAUCUAUUCAGUAAAUGAAGACUCAGAUCCAUCACAUCUUGUGGCGUAUUGGAAGCAGAAACAUCCUUCUGAACUGGAUUCAAAUCUGACACAAAGCAACAAGUGGAUAGUCUUUGAUAGCUGAGACGUAUUGUUCACCAGACAUUUCUGCACCUUUUUUUCUAAAUUGAGAAAAAAAGACCUGAGAUCUUUUUGCUGCCUUUAAAUCCAACCUCACUCCUGCCUUAUCUUUCGUGCCAAGCCAACAACUACGAUGAUGUUCUGCACCACCUUUCUUUCUGCUCCUUCUGAGGAACUUAAUUGUGAAGCUUCUGGAAGAGGAGCAACUAUGGGAGGUGGAGGGCUGAGCCCAGGUAGCUGCCUGUCUUCCUUACAUUGCCUGGUUCUCCCCCAGGAUGAAAUGUACCCAUCUCUUUCUGACCCCACUGCUCGACUUUCCAUCUGCUCUGAAGACCGGGCUUGCAACUUGGUGGACAAGGUGCUUGUAGACAUCAGUGUGACCACCUGCGAUGCAAGAAGGAGCAGGUGUAUUUGGGAUAACCUGAGAAGGCGACGCAGUCGGUCCGCAUCGCCUUCACCCAGCAAAACGCCCAAUAGUCCUUGUAGCAAGCGUGUCGGAGGACCCGCAUUGCCCAUGGCAACUGUCGAUAUCAAAAACCCAGAGAUCAACAGUGUUCAGCGUUAUCACAACAAUUCUCAGAUGAACAACAUUGUGCACUCUUCCUUUGCCAAGAGGGAGAAAAAAGUCAAAGGGAAGAAGAAGCGAUUGACAAAGGCAGACAUCGGCACACCGAGCAACUUCCAGCACAUUGGACAUGUAGGAUGGGAUCCAAACACAGGCUUUGAUCUGAAUAACUUGGACCCAGAGCUGAAAAACCUGUUUGAUAUGUGUGGCAUUUCUGAGGCUCAGCUAAAGGAUAAAGAGACCUCUAAGGUCAUCUAUGAUUUCAUCGAGAAGAACGGAGGUGUAGAUGCUGUCAAAGAUGAGCUGCGGAAACAAGCACCUCCACCUCCACCUCCAUCCAGAGGCGGACCUCCUCCCCCACCACCACAUCACGGCUCCGCCCCUCCCCCACCACCACCUCCCGCACGGGGACGAGGUGCCCCUCCACCUCCUCCCCCCUCCAGAGCUCCCGUCUCUGCACCCCCGCCUCCCCCUCCAUCACGGCCAGGCAUAUCUGCUCCACCGCCGCCUCCUCCCAGCCGCGGCCCACUCCCGCCUCCCCCUCCACCGGCCCACGCAUCCCUUCCCGUUGCACCUCCCCCACCACCCCCACCUCCCCCCUCAUCCGGCGCUGGCGCACCUCCUCCUCCCCCUCCCCCCCCACCUCCUCCUGGCCCUCCACCCCCAGCUCCUCCGCUCGCCACAGAAGCUAACGGAGGGGACAGCAGCCUGCCGGCAUCCGGAAGCAAGUCGGCGCUGCUGAGUCAGAUCAGAGAAGGAACCCAGCUCAAAAAGGUGGAGCAGAAAGAGAGGCCAGCAUCCAACGUGGGCAGAGACGCGCUUCUGGACCAAAUCCGACAAGGAAUCCAACUUAAAACUAGGGACGAUAAUAAUGACUCAGCACCUGCCACACCAGCCCCAUCAUCAGGCAUUGUUGGGGCCCUCAUGGAGGUGAUGGAGAAAAGGAAAAGGGCUAUUCACUCUUCAGAUGAGGAUGAUGAUGAUGAAGAUGAUGAAGACUUUGAGGAGGAGGAUGAGUGGGAUGACUAGUGUUUGUUUGUUUGUUUUCUUUUCUUUUCUUUUCUUUUUCUUCCCUUCCCAAACCCCCCCCCCAUCCUCAGUUCCCCAACCAAAUGAUCACAACACUAAAAUUGUAUUUGGAAAAAGAAAUCGUUAAUUUCAAAAUUAUUAAUGUAAAUGUUCUAUUGAUUUGCUGUAUAUUUUUUGUUGCCUUCAUGCCUUUUUAUUAAUCUGUGCAAUACCUCAUUUAAUCUGUAAAUGUUUGUCAUCGUCAUCUUCGGUCGUCGGCCCUUCAUCUUCUCCCUUUACGCCUUAUUGGCUGGAUCUGUCUCUUGAUAGCAAUAUGUCUCAUCUCUCAUUUUAAGUGUCCCUUGCCCCCCCCCCCGCACAUCACUCCCUCAUCUGUCACUCAGGCAUCUUUCAUAUCUGCUGCCUCCCAUUGCACAUGUUCCCAGUCCUCAGUUUAACAUGCAAUUUUAUAUCAAUUUGUCUUUCAAACUUCAGAGUUAAAUGUAGUUUUGGGGUGGUGGCUUACAAAGCAGGUCCCCACAGAUCUUUUGAUUAGUCGUAUCAUCGUUGUUCAUUAGGAGGGAAAAGAAUUAACUAUUUUCAUACCCUACUGCUCUGUAGUUUAUUUUUACGUAUUCAAAUGAUCCUAGUUUAGCACUCAUAUUUUCUUAAAACAAAAAGGAUUUUUGGAAUAUUUAGCUUCAUUUGUUGUGGACUGUAAAUUUUCUCCAGAGUUUGAGUCUUGUUAUAUUUUUGCACAGAUUAAAAAGAGGAGACUCGCUGCAUGAAUACAGGACAUUUUUCAGGUCUGCUUCAUUAUGGAAAUUACAUACGCUUUAGGUAAUGAGACAGAAAUACACCUGAACAUGAAGCUUUUUUAUUUCAUUUGUUUUUAAACACACAACACUACAUAGAGUACAUGAAUGGAGGUAGCCCACAGUGUUAUGGCAGGCUAUCUGUUGUGAUUUUUAGGGUUUUGGGGUGUUUUGUUUUGUUUUUUUCAACAACACUAAAGAUUCAGCUGAAUCUGUGUUCUGUUUUUUUACAAUAGCAAGCAGAGUAUUAAUAAAUGCCUGUUUGUUGAAAUCAGGUCAUUCAUCAUGUAAAACUUGUGGAAUAAAGACAUUUUAGUUUUCAUACCUGAUGCUUAUCAUGGGUCCAUAUGCAAAGUUACUGUGGAGAAACACCAGGGCUAACAUCAUGUACUUCCUGCUAUAGGAAGAAAUGCAUCCAUGGCAUUCUUCUAACAAGUAUCAUUAUUUUAGCUAACUGUAAAUCAUGAGGUGUAACAUAGGAAUUACUUCCGUAAAGAACUCUGUGGUUAACAGUUCUCUACAAAGACUAAAGAUUCAAGCUGUCAUUUGAUCUGAACUAAAAAAAAAAAAGGAAAACGGUUAUCAGCAAGUUUAACAUUUUUUAUUUAAUGUUAAAUAGGACAAAAUACUUCAGUCACAACUAGUUAAAAAUCGUAAUUGUUAGAAAACUGUAAUUUCCACGGUUGUGGAAAUUCCUUCUAACCUGUUUGUCUCUAAAGUGAUAUUGUAUAACAACUUUUGCUAAACAGCAGUUGAUAAGUUUUCCUUUAGUGCUUUCUGUCUGAAAGGUUCUGCAAGAUAUGGUUAAAAUUAUCCGUCAGCGCAAAUCAUCUUUUCCUGAAUGUAUGGAAUAGCUUGCUUAUUUCCUACAAAUUUAGGUCUUAAUUACAAAUCGAGUUAAAAUUUCAAAUUCAUAACUUUAAGUUUCAAGUUGGGUCUGUCAAAAUUUUGAUUUAAAUAUAUCUUAAAAUUUCAAGGGUUUUUUUUUUUUUUUUUGCAUUGGCAGAAAAUGGCUUUAAAAGUUAAACAAAAUUAUGACAGAUAAUAGAAAAUAAAGAAGGCAAAUCACUUCCACUAGUGAGCAUUAGUGACAAAUGACAGUUAUUGGUAAAUCCAGUAUUAUAAAAUUAGCUCUAACAGCAGCCAUAAAUGGAAAAUGUUAACUUUUAUCAUAAAGUAAUAUAUUUUCUGUUAUUGUUGGCUAACAUUAGCCAUUAGCAUAUGUUUAUAGCACACAUUAAACCCUUGGCCUCAAAAAUAGAGAGAACCUGACUUCCAACCUGUACGUAAUCAGUGAAGCAUCAUGAAGACUGAUUGGUAUGGUUUCAGGCUUCAAAUUUUAGCUAACCAUAUGCUAGCUGCUUAUGCCAGAACAAAAAACGUGGCAGAGAAAACCGUGAACCGAACUAAGGGUGAGUAGUACCGCUCGCCAAGAAAGGGGGAAAAAUCUAAAAGCUGUUGCUGUGUCAUCAAGCUAAUGAGUUGUCAUGUUUAGUAACUAAACCUUAAAAAAAGCAUAUUAGCAUUCCAGUCUGGGUAAUUUUGCUAAUACGUUUCUGGAUAAUAAAAAAAAAAAGACCAAUACAACACUCGCUUGAAAAAUACUGUGAUUGAAAACAUUUAAAGCUCUUCAAACUAUAAUUUCUUUUCUUCUGUUUGCUAUUUAAGAAAAAAAUAUUUCCUUCAAAUCAUGUCUUUGAGAGACAAAUUGCCACUUGCUUGAUUUUUUUUUUCUAUUUUUUUUUCUUUUUUUGUCAAAUACUAAGAUACUUCUUGGGAGAAAAACCAGCCAUGUUUUGCUGAUGUUAGCUUCUGUAGGUAACUCGGUUAAUAAGACAUUGUGAAUGCCAAGUCUUACCAAAAAGGCUGGACGAAUAAUGACUCUUACAAUGUACACUCCAAUAAAAGGUUGAUAUAUA